AUGAGAAGAAAAAAAAGUUUCUCAUGGUCGGUCCUUUUUCUUAUGCCACGUUGCCAACGCUUCCAUCUUAAGCGCCUCACAGCUCCACACCACUGGCUUCUUGCUAAGUCCGCGGGUAAGUUCGCUUCCCACCCAUCCACAGGUCCACACAAACUUCGUGAAUGCCUUCCAAUCAACAUCUUCCUUCGUGAUCGCCUUAAAUACGCUCUUACAGCUAAGGAAGCCGUCGCUAUUGUCAAGCGCCGCCUCGUCAAGGUCGAUGGCAAGGUCCGCACAAACUAUCGUUAUCCAACAGGUUUGAUGGAUGUCAUCGAACUCGGCAAAUCCAACGAACUCUUCCGUAUCAUCUACGACUGCAAGGGCCGUUUCUGCGUCCACCACAUCGAAGCUAAGGAAGCCUCCUUCAAGCUUCUUCGUGUCAACCAGUUCAAGAUUGGUGCCAAGGGUAUCCCACACGUUGUUACACACGAUGGCCGUACAAUCUCCUAUGUUGAUCCAUCCGUCCGUGUCCAUGAUGCUCUCAAGUUCAACAUCAAGACAGGCGAAGUCGAAUCCGUCAUCAAGUUCAAGGUUGGCGAUGUUGCCAUGGUUACAGCUGGUGGUAACGUCGGCCGUGUCGGAACAAUCCAGAAGAUCGAGAAGCAGAUGGCUUCCUUCGAUAUCGUUCACCUUAAGGAUACAUCUGGCGCUGUCUUCGCCACACGUAUCAUGAACGUUUUCGUCAUCGGUGAGAACGAGCACCCACUCAUCAGCCUUCCAGCUCGUGAGGGUGUCCGCCCAUCAAUCCUUGAGGGAAUCAACCAGGAAUAA